AUGAGUCCUCAUGAGGUGAACGGCACAGUGCCGGAGAACUCGACCACCUUCCGGACACAAGCCGAUGAGCACGCCGACCAUGAGGCAAGCCUACAAAGUUUAAGGACCGGCAAAUACGAAGAUUGGCCGAACGAAGCUGCUUUCGAUGGCCUCACCGAGGAGCGAGGCCCGAUCAAGAUCGCCGUGACCGGCAACAUCCCGACAUGGGCUGCCGGCUCCCUCUACCGCACCGGUCCUGGUCUCUACAAGAUCGACACGGACGCCGGCGCCACCUUCGAGAUGAGCCACUGGUUCGAUGGGCUGGCUCAUACCCACCGCUUCGACAUCAUCCCGAACGAAGAAGGGUCCGUUGACGUCUUCUACUCGUCACGUCGCCAAGCUGAAGAAAUGAUGGAGGUCAUCAAGAAGCAGGGAACCUGGCCGUAUUAUAGCUUCGGUCAGAAGGCGGAUCCCUGCCUCGGUUUGUUCUCCAAGGCCAUGGCUGCGUUCAAGGGACUGAGGGAGUCACCGGAGGAGAAGUGGCAUAACAACAUCAACGUCGUCGUGCACGUCAACCCUCCCGGACUUGAGGCUGCUGCCGGAAACAUCGUUGGAAAGGGGAAACUGGCCGUGACGGAGAACGACCCACAGGUCCUGGGACAUAGGCCUGAGUUGCCCAAGUCGAUAUGGAUCAGCACCGACAACUGCGCCAUGAAGCAGAUCGACCCCAAAACUUUGGAGCCCAUCGGCUGGGCGACCCAAGACGUCCUUCACCCUGAGUUGAAGGGCCCCAUGUCCUGUGCUCAUGCCCAAAGGGACCCUGAGACAGGUGACCUCUUCAACUACAACCUGGAACUUGGCCCGAAGCCCACCUAUCGAAUCUUCCGUGUCGACGCAUCCAGUGGAAAGACGGAGAUCCUGGCCACCAUCCGCGACCCCAUCGUUUCACCUGCCUACAUCCAUAGCUUGUUCCUCUCGCCCAGCUUCGUCGUCCUCUGUAUCCCGACCUCACACUUUGGCCUCAACGGCACACAGAUUCCCUGGGAACGCAACCUCCUCGAUGCCAUCAGGCCCUAUGACCCAAGCCGAAAAACCCAAUGGAUCGUCAUCGACAGGAAACACGGCAAAGGCGUAGUAGCCCGCUUCGAGACCGAUGGCCGUUUCUUCUUCCACACUGUCAACGCCUUUGAAGAGCCCUCUUCCCAGCCCGACUCCUCCGAAAUCAGCCUCUACUGCGACGUCAUCGACUUUGGGUCCCACGAAUUCAUCCACUCCCUCUACCUCGACGUGAUCCUCGACAGAGACUCCGCAGCCAAGAAGUUCUACGAAGACGAACAACGCGCCCGUAACUCCCUUGCCCACCUAACGCGCUACCACUUCACCAUCAACCCCGACUCACCCUCUAACAAGCUGCCCACCACCCCAGACCCCAAGAACCAUGAAGCCUUCCGCAUCCCCGCCCCGCACGCUGGUGAACUCCCAACCAUUAACCCCCUCUAUGCCACCAAGAAGCACCGCUACGUCUACAGCCUGCCCUUCCGAGGCCGCAGUACGCUGACCGAUGCCAUCGUCAAGACUGAUACCGAUACACGGGAGGUACUCUUUUGGGACAACCCCAAGGGGCAUAUACCCGGUGAAGCCAUCUUCAUUCCGAGGCCGGUUGGAGAGGAGGAGGAUGAUGGGGUGUUACUGAGCUUGGUGCUGGAUGGAGAAAAGGGCAAGAGCUAUCUGCUUUGCUUGGAUGCGAAGACGAUGACAGAGAUGGGGAGAGCAGAGGUAGAAUUUGCGAUUGCUUUGGGCUUUCAUGGCGCACAUGUGCCGUCGAGUAGGACAGUAACGAGGGUCGAGGGUCAGGAGUAA